AACAUAUAGUUUCAUAAACAAUCAGCCUUUCAGUGUCGAUGAUAAAUAAUCGAAAACUUUGGCUUGACCGCAGGCCUACGUGCAGUUCUGCACGUACCUAGUUUAUAAUUAACACAGUGGAGCUUCCCUUAAAUCAGGAAACGCCGGGUUGUGACGUAGUCAAUUUCGCCGGUAAACACAGAUGCCGGCCGGCGUACAAAAACUCAUCGACACGCGCUUUCGGUCUUCAAACUGAACAGGAUCAGCGUUGGCGACGAAGCGUUUCUAGAGGCUCCGAAAUAUUUCGUACUACUGAGAGACUUAGCAGCAAAAACUUGUGCUCGCUUUUUGAGAAUUUAUUUCCAAGAGAACUUUAAAAUAAAGAUGGGUCACGGAGUUGGAGGCAGAGGGAUUUUGGCAAGAUUGGGAAAAGCUAAUUACGAGCUGUCACCGCUUGUUGUCAUCACCGGGACAGUCUUGGUCCUUGCGACAGGCUUCGGCACCUUCAGUAUCUUAAAGAAGACCGAUGUCGCGUUGUUCAAGGGGUCGAACCCAAGACCGUGGGAGAGGGUAAACCCAGCCCAGCCACAGAAGCUCCUGACGUUAAAUCAGGAAUACAAAGUCAACCCAGCGAUCGAGAAACUCAAGAAAGAAAUUGGAUCCGCCAAGUAGAUUUUAGGUCCCAGACUACAUGCACCCACAUUUCUUUCAAAGUCUAUUAUUUUUUCCCGUCGUUUCCUUUCAAAGGUACACAAUCAUUUCUGCUAUAAAAUAGCGAGGAAUUAUGUAUUUUAUGUGAGCAGCUAUAGGAGCAUCAGUAUUGGAAAGUGGCGAAUACGUAUAGGAUAGGAGAUCAUUAAACUGUGACGUCACGCGACAAUGUCUGUGUUUGACGCCUGAUUCCAGUUAUAAAACAAAAAUUCGUUAUAGUUUGUAUUGAAAAAAGGUUGGCCCUGGUUGGAAUGGCUGGUAACCUGUGAAUGUUACGUUUACACAUGGCAGAGGACCAGUGUGUUGUCAUGCAUAAUGCGUGUUGGCGUCUACCGAGUCUAGUACCUGAUGUCCGCCCUCAUUAUAUAUGCAUAUUCGGAUGGCGAAUGGUCGUUAAAUUCUGACUAUACCAAUUAGUAGUCAUAUGGAUGUGUACCUUGCAACCACACAGUGUAAACACAAUGCCAGACAGCAAAAUAAUGCCGGGAACUGAAGAAUAAUUUACUAAUUAAACGCCAAGGUUACAGGCUUCAUCAAUACAGUGUAGGUUAUGGUGGAAAUAUACAGUAUAUAGUGGAGGCUAUAGCGGAGCUGAAAUACGCAAGGUAUAUGGAUUUGGGAUAAAUGAUGUUAAAAGGGAGGCAAAGCAUGUUGUUA